AUGAAGCCAAAACCAAGGAAGAAAGGCACCUCGUGCAGAAAAUUGCUGAGACUGACAUUCACCAGAUUUCUUCAUUCUGGUAGCUACCACAUUCUCGCCGAGUUGAGCAAGCGGGCUGACAAAGGUGACUAUCAGACAUAUUGCUGUCUAAGUUACUUCUUCAACUUUCUAGACCGCGCAGCCUUUGCCAACGCCUAUGUUGCUGGACUUCGCGAGGCUCUCCAUAUGACGGGCCAUGACUACAACACCGUCCUUUCGGUCACCACUGCAGGAAUGGCCAUUGGUCAGAUUCCGCAUGGACUGAUCAUCCAGAAGAUACCUCCGCGUAUCUGGCUGCCUUCCAUGGUGGUUGUUUGGGCUUGUCUCACGAUGGUCAGCGCCGCUGUCAAGACCGUCACCCAGCUAUGCGUCGUGCGUUUCUUUCUCGGACUCACCGAAGCCAGCACAUAUGCCGGGACGAUCUACAUCAUCGGAUCCUGGUAUAAGCCAAGAGAGAUUGCAAAGAGAACGGCAAUCUUCACUGCGUCGGGCCAAGUAGGCACCAUGUUUGCCGGCGUCAUGAUGGCGGCGAUCUACAAGGGCAUGGGUGGACUUGGGGGCCUCGGUGGUUGGCAAUGGGUGUUCCUCGUCGGUCGGUCUCACCGGAGUCCCUUCACUACCAUCCCGUUUCCUCUGAGGGCUUGUUUUACUAACACAAACAUGUCACUAGACGGAAUCAUCACGUUGCCGAUUGCGUUUUUUGGCUUCUUCUACUUCCCAGACAUCCCUGAAAGCACAAAAGCCUCUUACUUGAGCGAAUCGGAGAAGAAGCUGGCAGUCAGCCGCCUCCCGCCCAUCAAGGAAGGGGGGCACAGCAUCAGCCCGCUCUCGUUGAUGAAGCGGCUCCUGUUGUCUCGUACAUUCUGGAUCCUCCUGUUUUGGUCUCCGGUUUGCGCCACUCUGGAAGCAUGGGCCGUCCAGAACAAUUUUCUCAUCUGGCUGAAGUAUCAGUCGAGCCACUUCACGCAGAGCCAGAUCAACACGUACCCUCUCGGAGUUCAGGCCGUUGGCAUCGUGUCAAACAUGCUUGCAGCUUGGCAUAUGGAUGCCACGGGAACCCGCAUCCCAAUGGCAAUACUCGCCGUCGUUUUGCAGCUCGUGUGUGCCAUCGUCCUCAUCGUCCCCGACAUUCCUUUCGCCGGCACAUUUUUUGCCUUCUAUCUCUCUGGAACUGCCUACAUGGUGAAUCCCCUCAUCUUUGGCUGGGCAAGUAUCAUUUUGCAGAGGACUGGCGACGACGCAGUGCGAAGCGUCACUGUGUAUUGCAUGAACAUCGGCUCUAUGACCCUCUACACCUUUUGGGGAAUCGUCUUCUACUCGGCCGACGAAGCCCCGUACUGGAGGAAGGGAUGCAUAGUCAUGAUUGUCUGCUGCUUCGUCAUGCUCGGAUACAUGUGGACAGUAUGGAAGCUUGACAAGCAAACGCUUAAAGACUUUGUCCAACCUUCGAUGCAAGAUGCGGAGGCCAGGGCUGCGAUAUCCGAGAAAAAAGCGGGCAUCGAGAUGGCAGACAGUUGCGAUGGGCGAAAGAACGUGGCCUCAGAGAAAGUCGAUGUAAUUUAG